AAACACAAGUGACAUACAGUAGAACGGUGGAAAAUCCAUCCUAAACAAAAUAUACCCUUUUACGUGACGUGAAAAUAGUCUCUGGAGGACAUUUCACUUGAUCACCACUUAUUCUAUCAUUCUUUAGCAGCUGUGUCACAUUCGCUGGACUCACUAGCGCCCUCUGCCUUGAGGUAGACGUACUGCGUGUCUCAUCCGUAUGUUUUAUGUCUAUGGUCUUGUGGGUAUGGGAGGGGCUGCUGUUGAAAGCGCAUAAAAAAACACGAGAACGGAUCAAAAUACCACUUUGAGGUUGUUUAUUGUGUGAAAUGAACAGUAGAAUACACUUAAUAGCUCAAACAAGUGGAUUUUUCAUGGUCUGGCCCUUUAAGAAAAAAAAAAAAAAAAAAAAAAACUCGCUUUUUCCGCCCCUUGUUUAUCACGUGACUAAAUGCGGAAGCAGUCCCCAAACAGAGCAUGACCUCAAAAGCACGAGCUGAAUCUGCAGUGAAAUUUAACCUGUCAUUCAAAAACAUCUGAUCUUUGUUCUCAUGGAUCCAAAUCUACAGCUGUUGAAGACGCAGAGUCUGUCUUUCUUCGGUCGGGUUCGGAUGUGGUUUGACCUCCUGGAUCCGUCUUUGCUUCUGGCCUCUGAUCCUGAAAUAGUGAAGGUCCACACUCUUGUGGGCAGUGAAGAAAAGCUGCAUGAAAAGGAGAAACCUUCAGUGACCCUCAGUCUUUCUUCUGUCCACGCUGAUUCUGGGGACGUUAUUCCAUUGCUUUUCCGCGCUCCAGCGUUUUUACCCAUAGCUGGACCAGUGGUUGUUGCUUCUCUUUUACCUCACACGACAGUCAAACCUGCUCUGUUCUGGCAGUUUUUACUACAGAGUUACAACGCCGGGUUCAGCCACGCUAACAGGAACUCCUCGGCAGAACAGGUUAGGAAGACGUCUCCGACUCAGCUGCUGCUCAUCGCAGGAACAGUUUCUUAUACAUCAGUUGCAGCAGCCUUUCCACAGAUUGUAAUAAACAGACUCAACAUCAGAAGUUUGGCUGUGCAGACAGUCUGCAGGACUGUGGUACCCAUCCCACUGUCAGCCGUUCUGGCCUUCCUCAACGUGUACACCGUCAGAAGUGAGGAGACGGAAAGCGGGAUCUGCGUGUUUGAUUGCCAUGGAAACCCUGUUGGGAUGUCUAAAGCAGCUGGAGAAAAGGCUGUGAGGGAAACUGCGUUAUCAAGAGCAGCACAUUUCGGUACAGCCGCCGCUGUUCCUAAUUUACUAGUUUUAUUCUUACAAAGAACCCGGCUUUUCCAGAGAAAUCCCAUGCUGGCGGCGCCCUGCCGCCACGUCAGCGCCAUGCUCGUCUUCGGCCUGAUGAUUCCCGUCUCCUUCAGCAUCUUUCCUCAGCUGGGAACGAUAAAAAGGGAAAACCUGGAGGCGGAGCUUCAAGUUGGAGCGAUCGGCACAGAUUUUUUUUACCACAGAGGACUGUAAGGAUGACAGCAGCAAUGUUCUCUCCCGGUGACAUCACACAGCAUCACCGGAUGAUCAUAGAAACUUUAUUGAGCUGUGGACUAAUACAAAAUAUGAGCCUCUUACCAGAAACGGAUUCAACAACAACCGUCACAGUCAUCACUAAAAGUUUCUGUUUACUACACUGCAAUAAAACAGAAUCAAAGAGCAUCGAUCCGAUUUAGACAUUUGUUAAAAGCUGCGUCUCAGUGGCCUAAAGACUUUUGUGGCUCUGAUGCCGUUAGGAAAAUAUAAAAUUGUUACAAAAAACAUUUUGUGCAUUUCUGAUCAGAGCCACACGGUUUCUAACCACUAACCCAAUAUUGCAGUGAAUGCUGGUCACGUGUGAUGCACGUCUUCAGUGAAGGUUUGAUGAUCGUGGAGCAUGAAAACAUGCAGGGAACAUGGAGGUUUUCCAGCUGGAUCUGUAGCAACAAAUAAAAGGUUAAAACUU